GGGCCCCUGAACUGAUACCGGAACAUGCGCGAGAACUGGAGCUGGGCCCUGCGCGCCCGCGGCAGGACGAUCCCGAUCCCGGCGCUGAUGGUGACGGCCGGGAAGGAUCCGGUGCUGAAACCCGGCCUGAGCAAGGGCAUGGAGGCAUGGAUCCCGCGGCUGCAGCGGGGGCACAUCCAGGACUGCGGCCACUGGACACAGCUGGAAAGGCCGCUGGAGCUGAACCGGAUCCUCCUGCAGUGGCUGCAGCAGCUCCCGGAGCCGCCCCGGAAUUCCAAACUUUGAGCCGGAAGUUUUCCUGGAAUUUCCCCAGGAAUUCCAAGCCUGGAGUGGGAAUUUUUCCUGGGAAUUCCAAACUUUGAGCCGGAAUUUUUUCCCGGGAAAUUUUUCUGGGAUUUUUCCCAGGAAUUCCAAGUUUUCCUGCCAAUUUUUUCAUGAAUUUUUUUUGUGGAAUUCCAAAUUUUGAGUCGGAAUUUUUCCUGGAGUUUUUGAGAAUUUUUUCUGGGAAUUCCAAACUUUGAGUCGGAAUUUUUCCUGGAAUUUGCAGGAAUUUUUCCGUGAAUUCCAAGUUUUGAGCCGGAUUUUUUUCUGGGAAUUCUCCCAGGAAUUCCAAACUUUGAGCACAAAAUUGUUCCUGGAAUUUG